GGCGGCUCGCGAGCUCGGAUGCGUGUCCUGGAGGAGUGACACGUGCGGAAGAGAGAAACCCCGACUAAACUACAGGGCACAUCCAGGAGUGCUUGUAUUUUUGAAGAAUCUGUGUGUGUGCGUGUGUGUGUUUUUUUUAAAUUGUACAUAUUUUUAAGUGGAAUUUUUUUGUUGUUUUCAAUUUUUACUUGAACUGGGAAGAUUUUAAGUCUCUGGCAAACAUGGGAAGAGGAGAAGGACGUGAGCAGUAUGAGCUGGCUGCGACCUCGGAGCAGGGAGGCAAGAAGAAAGGGAAGGGGAAAAAGAAAGAGAAGGAUAUGGAUGAACUGAAGAAGGAAGUAGAUAUGGAUGAUCACAAGCUGACCCUGGAUGAGCUCAACCGCAAAUAUGGGACAGACCUCAGCAGGGGUUUGACCAGUGCAAAAGCAGCUGAGAUUCUGGCCCGUGACGGACCCAACGCCCUCACCCCUCCACCCACCACCCCCGAGUGGGUGAAGUUCUGCAAACAGAUGUUCGGUGGUUUCUCCAUGCUACUGUGGACCGGUGCCAUCCUAUGUUUCCUGGCCUAUGGAAUUCAGGCAGCCAUGGAGGAUGAACCUGCCAAUGACAAUUUGUACCUUGGUGUUGUGCUUUCGGCUGUCGUCAUCAUCACUGGCUGCUUCUCUUAUUACCAAGAGGCUAAGAGCUCCAAGAUCAUGGACUCCUUCAAGAACCUGGUCCCACAGCAAGCCUUGGUUGUCCGUGAUGGUGAAAAGAAGAAUAUAAAUGCUGAGGAGGUGGUGGUUGGAGAUCUUGUGGAGGUGAAAGGAGGCGACAGGAUCCCUGCUGACCUGCGUAUCAUCUCAGCCCACGGCUGCAAGGUGGACAACUCCUCCCUGACCGGUGAAUCUGAGCCCCAGACUCGCACACCAGACUUCUCCAAUGAAAACCCACUGGAGACUAGGAACAUUGCUUUCUUCUCCACCAACUGCGUUGAAGGAACUGCCCGUGGUAUUGUGAUCAGCACUGGAGACCGUACUGUCAUGGGUCGUAUCGCCACCUUGGCAUCUGGACUCGAAGUCGGACGCACCCCCAUCUCCAUCGAGAUUGAGCACUUCAUCCACAUCAUCACCGGUGUCGCCGUCUUCCUGGGCGUGUCCUUCUUCAUUCUCUCCCUAAUCCUCGGAUACACCUGGCUGGAGGCUGUCAUCUUCCUCAUUGGUAUCAUUGUCGCCAACGUGCCAGAGGGUCUCCUGGCCACUGUCACUGUGUGUCUGACCCUGACCGCUAAGCGUAUGGCCAAGAAGAACUGCCUGGUGAAGAACUUGGAGGCUGUGGAGACGCUGGGCUCCACCUCCACCAUCUGCUCCGACAAGACUGGCACUCUGACCCAGAACAGGAUGACCGUGGCCCACAUGUGGUUCGACAACCAGAUCCACGAGGCCGACACCACCGAGAACCAGAGCGGGACCUCCUUCGACCGCAGCUCUGCCACCUGGGCCGCCCUGGCCAGGAUCGCUGGACUCUGCAACCGUGCUGUCUUCCUGGCAGAGCAGAGCAACGUUCCUAUCCUGAAGAGAGAUGUCGCUGGUGAUGCUUCUGAGUCAGCCCUGCUGAAAUGUAUCGAGCUGUGCUGCGGAUCAGUCCAGGAAAUGAGAGACAAAAACAACAAGAUUGCCGAGAUCCCAUUCAACUCUACCAACAAAUACCAGCUCUCUAUUCACAAAAAUGGCUCACCUGAUGGAGAAACCAAGCACCUGCUGGUGAUGAAAGGCGCCCCAGAGAGGAUUUUGGACCGCUGCUCUACCAUUAUGAUCCAAGGCAAAGAGCAGCCUCUGGACGAUGAGAUGAAAGACGCUUUCCAGAAUGCCUACCUGGAGCUGGGAGGCCUGGGAGAAAGAGUUCUGGGUUUCUGCCAUUUUAACCUCCCUGACGACCAGUUUCCAGAGGGCUUUGCUUUUGACACUGACGAGGUGAACUUCCCCACUGAAAACCUGUGCUUUGUUGGCCUCAUGUCUAUGAUUGACCCUCCUCGUGCCGCUGUGCCUGAUGCUGUGGGCAAAUGCAGGAGCGCUGGAAUCAAGGUUAUCAUGGUAACAGGUGAUCAUCCAAUCACAGCCAAGGCCAUUGCUAAGGGUGUGGGCAUCAUCUCCGAAGGCAACGAGACCGUUGAGGACAUCGCUGCCCGUCUGAACAUUCCAAUCAACGAAGUCAACCCAAGAGAUGCCAAGGCCUGUGUGGUCCAUGGUGGAGACCUGAAGGAUCUGUCCUCAGAGCAGCUCGAUGAUAUCCUCAAGCAUCACACUGAGAUUGUCUUUGCCAGAACUUCCCCUCAGCAGAAACUGAUUAUCGUGGAGGGCUGCCAGAGACAGGGAGCCAUUGUGGCUGUGACAGGUGACGGUGUGAAUGACUCUCCAGCUCUCAAGAAGGCCGACAUCGGUGUUGCAAUGGGAAUCGCUGGAUCUGAUGUCUCUAAGCAGGCUGCUGACAUGAUCCUUCUGGAUGACAACUUUGCCUCCAUCGUCACUGGAGUGGAAGAGGGCCGUCUGAUUUUCGACAACUUGAAGAAGUCCAUUGCCUACACCCUGACCAGUAACAUUCCUGAGAUCACCCCCUUCCUCCUCUUCAUCAUCGCCAACAUUCCUCUGCCUCUGGGAACCGUCACCAUCCUCUGUAUCGACUUGGGAACUGACAUGGUUCCUGCCAUCUCCCUGGCUUACGAAGCAGCUGAGAGCGACAUCAUGAAGAGACAGCCCAGAAACCCCAAAACAGACAAACUGGUCAACGAGAGGCUCAUCAGUAUAGCCUACGGGCAGAUCGGUAUGAUCCAGGCUCUGGCCGGCUUCUUCACCUACUUCGUCAUCCUGGCUGAGAACGGUUUCCUGCCCUCCACGCUGCUCAACAUCCGAGUGUCCUGGGACAACAAAUACAUCAAUGACCUGGAAGACAGCUAUGGACAGCAGUGGACCUAUGAGCAGAGAAAGAUUGUGGAGUUCACCUGCCACACGGCCUUCUUCGUCAGCAUCGUCAUCGUCCAGUGGGCCGAUCUGAUCAUCUGCAAGACCAGGAGGAACUCUGUCUUCCAGCAGGGCAUGAAGAACAAGAUCUUGAUCUUUGGACUGUUUGAGGAAACCGCCCUCGCUGCCUUCCUCUCCUACUGCCCCGGCAUGGAUGUAGCCCUCAGAAUGUAUCCUCUCAAACCCAACUGGUGGUUCUGCGCCUUCCCCUACUCCCUGCUCAUCUUUAUCUAUGAUGAAAUCCGUAAGCUGAUCCUCAGACGCAGCCCAGGAGGUUGGGUGGAAAGAGAGACUUACUAUUAAGAUCCGUCAGCCUGUCAGUCAAGUCAGCCCGCAUCUUCUCCUCCACUCCCGUCUUUGCAUGAAUAUUGUCUUGCUGCUCGGAUUAAAAUUUUAACCUCUGUGAAAAAAAAAAUUGGAACGUGUUUUUAUAUUAGGGAAUGCUUGAUACUACUAUUAGACAAAACACUGAGAUGGAACGUGCUGAUGAUGAUGCUGAUGAUGAUGAUAAAUGAUAAUGCUAAUAAUGACAUGAACAAUGAACAUUGACAUGACUAUGCGUGCCUUGUUUCUGAAACAGGACCAAUUUUAUACAUGUUUUUAACAGUUAUAAACGUUCAAUAAAAAUGCGCUCGAGUCAGGUCCCACAGAUGUUUUGUUUUGCUGGUUUGUUAUAUGUGUGUGGCUAUAAGAACAAGACUGAUAUUCAUUAGGAUGAUCUUAGCUUAUCCUGAUUAAGACUGUUAAAAUCUGAAGGAUUGUCUAUAUCUUGUAUGUUGUCAUGCAUGUUUGUAUUAAUAUUUAGAGAUUUGUCGAAGACCAGUGGUGCUACAUUGUUUGUUUCCUCUGAACUGCUUUUGAUGUCACAUUUGAUUGCUUCCCUUCCCGGCUGCUUUGAUGCAUAAUUCACCAGUCGAAGGGAAGAUAUUUCUUCAAUCAACUAGCAGUCAAACGCUGGAACUCCAGACUUGGAUUGCAAAAUUUCAGUAAUUUAACUUCAGUGCAUCUUGGGAUGAGACGUGAGCUUUUAUCCUCGGCAGCAGAUGCGUUCACUCAGCUUGCCGUAGCUUGGAUAAACACCGCAGUGCUGCGAGUAAGUGAGGACAAAAUUACUUUGCAAACUUUUGUGUGUCGAGGUGAGAAAACUUGAGUCAUGAUGUGCUUUUUCGUCUUAUCCUGUAAGUGUGUGGGAUCGGCCUAAUUACAGUUAAAUAUAGUAAGAGCCUGUUUAGGUCUGCUUAAAUUAUCCUACGCAAAAUUCAGAGGAUUAAAGAGCUACAUCCUA